GCGGCGGGGCGGCGGCGAAAGCAGCAACAUGAAGAAGGAGCAAGUGCUCCACUGUCAGUUCUCUGCUUGGUAUCCUCUGUUCAGGAGCCUCACUAUCAAGAGUGUCAUUCUUCCACUGCCUCAGAAUGUGAAGGAUUAUUUACUUGAUGAUGGAACUCUGGUGGUCUCAGGAAGGGAAGAUCCACCAACAUGUUCUCAACCAGACAGUGACAACGAGGGAGAAGAAAUACAGUGGUCAGAUGAUGAAAAUACAACAACACUUACGGCACCAGAGUUUCCUGAGUUUGCUAUUAAAGUUCAAGAAGCCAUUAAUUCCCUGGGGGGUAGUGUAUUUCCUAAACUUAACUGGAGUGCACCAAGGGAUGCCUACUGGAUAGCAAUGAAUAGUUCUCUGAAGUGUAAAACCCUCAGUGACAUCUUUCUACUUUUCAAGAGUUCUGACUUCAUUACACAUGACUUUACUCAACCGUUUAUUCACUGUACUGAUGAUUCCCCAGAUCCUUGUAUGGAAUAUGAGCUUGUUCUUCGAAAAUGGUGCGAAUUAAUUCCUGGCGCAGAAUUCAGGUGUUUUGUCAAGGAAAAUAAGCUUAUUGGUAUAUCCCAGAGGGAUUAUACACAAUACUAUGAUCACAUUUCUAAACAAAAUGAAGAGAUCUGUAGAUCCAUACAGGAUUUUUUCAAGAAACACAUACAAUAUAAAUUCUUAGAUGAAGACUUUGUAUUUGAUGUAUACCGAGAUAGUAUGGGCAAAGUGUGGCUAAUUGAUUUUAAUCCAUUUGGUGAAGUAACAGACUCACUACUGUUCACAUGGGAGGAAUUAAUAUCUGGAAGAAACUUAAAAGGUGAACAAAAUGAAGGAGAGGCUCUGGAACAGGAUUCUCCAGCCUUUCGUUGCACAAACAGUGAAGUUACAGUACAACCAAGUCCCUACCUGAGUUACCGGCUACCUAAAGAUUUUGUACACCUCUCCACUGGUGAAGAUGCUCAUAAACUAAUAGACUUUCUAAAACUGAAAAGAAAUCAACAAGAAGAUGACUGAAAAGAGCCAUAGAGUGGAAGGCUUAAGUAAAGAGGAAAGCAUGGAGACUACUUCCUAAGGCUGCUUAUAGGCCGUAACUUCCCACCAACCUCAAGAAAAAAAAACCAAUUGCUUUUUGUAUUCGUGUAUAUUCAGCUAGAAAAAAAUGGAGAAACUUUGUUACCAUGUAAAAAUAGCAUAAUAAAUAGAGAACUUCAACAUAGGAAACCAUUUUGUUCUAGUGAUAUGAAACAUUUUGUAUGGUCUAAUUGGGCUUUUGACUCAGCCUGUCAAGCCAAAUUAAGCUAAGCUUCUUGCUGCAGUAGUUCUGUGCCCAUUAGGUAGGUGGAUAAACUUGUGUUGUUGUUAUGCAAUCUUGAAUUUAGACUAAUUAACCUUUCCUUUUAGAAACAACCCCAUGUUGCUAUGGGCUUUCUUUCUUUCUUUUUCUUAAAGCUUUAAAGAGUUUCUUAUAAUCUUUAUAUCAACUUGAUCUUCGGUUUUUUGUAUCUAACAGAAAAUUGCCAGUUUCAUCAGAUUGUCAGUGUUUCGUAUUCCUAUUAAUAUAGUAUAGUCAAAUUAUAAUUUAAAGUUAACUAUAAUUUGGGAAAGAUAUUCCCUUAUUUUGUUUUAAGAAUCAUGUGAUGUCGGUUCUCCUAGUGGAUAAACUGUUGUCUGAAAGUAUAUUUUGUACUUUGAGAAUUGAGAUUUAUGAUUUCAGUGCCCCAUCAUCCUGAAUGCCACAGUGGAAGCCCAUCAAAGUGAGUGCUUCAUGUGUUCUCAGAGUGUAUCUUAUGCUUAACUUGUAAAAAAAAAAACACACAAGUAACGGAGAUGGAGAAGCGAGAGAGAGGUAGAGAGAGGAAAAAAGUAAGUACUGACAUUCCCCCCUCUUCAACCCUCAGCAAGCAUAUGUGCAGACUGACUCUGUGAGCCUAGGCAGUUGCCAUAUCUGAGAUAAAAUCAGUGAAAUUCCAGGCCCCUCUCUCCCCUCUUUGUGUUCUAAACUGCCGUAAGAGAACAGUGCACACCUCAUUCCUGGCAAAUGAAGGCCACGUGGUAGAAGGCACCAUUCCUGCUUGGUCAUUCUGGAUCUACUUUGUCCCCUGUUUUGCUUUUUACAUUGUGAGCCAGUAUCACUCCCUCAGGUUGUUGCCUCUGCCAGUCCUUAGUAACCUAUAGAUAUUGGUUGGUAAGUGAAAGAACAUACCAGGUGUUCUCCUUUGUUUAAAUUGCCCACAAGUCUACAGGAAUUCAAAGUAUGAGAAAUUUGAUGUGCACGAGACCAGACUACCUUGUGAAUAAGGGUUCGUUCUGAAUUCUUGUUCCUCUGGAAAAUUU